AUGCCGACCGAAAUACCGGGGUAUUAUUUUGAUUCUUCCAAGAACCGAUACUUCAAAAUUCAAGCCAACCAUGUAGCUAGCGGCUCCUCAUCAUCGGCUGCAACGAAAUAUAGUCGACAGGCUGUUAAUGCAGAGAAACUCAUCAAGAAGACCAACAAGCGAGAGAAACGCCACAAGGCUUCAAAGGUCGCUCAAACGGUGAAAAGGUCGGUUCUAUCUAAACAGUCUCUCCUCGAAUUUGGCUGGCGAUUAGGUGACAAACGCAAGACAUCAGCUGAGAUCGUCAAGACCUUUUAUGCAACAAGUAUUUCGGGCCAUAACAUCUACACUGGACCCAGAUCGCCAUGUGGUCAAUUUGCCUUUGAGCAUGCCACCGGCAACCUAUUGACCGCAACCAGUUCGGACGAGCGUCAGGUCGAUCCAACGCCUACUAUCCUGAUUUCCAAGCCAAAACGACCCCGACAAGUCAUUACUCAAGCACCCGAAUCUGCCUGGUCUGAUGUACAGAUCGAUCUGUGGAGGCAACUCCGACACAACAUUACCCAUAUAUUGAGCCUCCGUUAUGGCCGAUCUGUAUGGGUCAGUCAAACUCACCUGCCCGACGAGUACUCUGCGGUGAUCCUUGCAACGCACGACGAGCCUGAUCCUCAUGCCCACGCUCUCGCCGAUAUCCAACUUGUGUUCCAGGGCAUCAUCACUGGGUUAACGAAAUCGCCAAGCGGCGAACGUCUUGCAACAUCAGGCGACCGAGCGAACUCGUACGUAGCGGAGAUCGAUCACUUCCGACCCGCCAUUGAGAACUACCAGAAACUCAAGGACCAAACAUGCGUCAAGUUUCAAGACGAGAACGUUAUCGUAUUUGGUGGCCGCAACGGACAGGCGACGCUGUGUGACGUGCGCGAUCAGUCUGCCACUGUGAUGCGGCUUCAACACUCGAGUGGCGUGGCUCACAUCCAGCCCCUUGCCAAUUCAGGCCAACCCAGGCUCCUGAUUCAGGGAACUCAGGACAUGAAAGUCUACGAUUUGCGUUACUGUCCCAUCCCGACUCGUCAGCCAGGGCGCUCUUCAUCAACAACAGCAGCACGCAACUGGCACAAGAUGCCUAGACGCUAUCUCAACUCUCCUCCAGUCACGACCUUUUCCAUGUCUGCCACUCGACAGCCCAACAAUUUCAACCUCGGCUUCGCCUACGACCCCGAACUCAAUCUCGUCGCCAGCGCCAGCACCGACCACCAUUCCAACCACCGCAUCGGCCUUUGGGACGUGGCGAAUGGUCAUAUGGUGGAAAGUCCGUUGAAUGCUGUCAGAUUUGGCUCCCAGGUGACUUGCGCCGAGUUUGUGGACUGGAACUGCGGCACCACCGUUGACGGUUCUCAAGAGCUCCCCAGGCUCCAGACGUCAAGGCGAUCUGGCGCGAAAUCGCUCCUUCUAGCUACCGCGGCUGGUGUCAAAUCGAGCCAGGCAAACCCCACGGGCAUGUGGGAAUGGUCCGUCAAUUGAAGAAAUAUCACACAACAAGGACCUCUAGAAAGGAUCCUGGAGUUCGAUUAUCCCUCCAUAUAUGCUCAAUCGAUUGAUUGUGUGACUGUCCUCGUAGAGCUAUGUGGAGGGCCA